AUGGACCAGCCCAGUGGAAGGAGUUUCAUGCAAGUUCUUUGUGAGAAAUACAGCCCUGAGAACUUCCCGUAUCGCCGUGGGCCUGGCAUGGGGGUGCAUGUCCCAGCAACUCCACAGGGCUCACCCAUGAAAGACCGCCUCAACCUCCCGAGCGUGCUGGUGCUGAACAGCUGUGGCAUCACCUGUGCAGGGGAUGAGAAUGAAAUUGCUGCCUUCUGUGCCCACGUCUCUGAGCUGGACCUUUCUGACAACAAACUGGAAGACUGGCAUGAGGUCAGUAAAAUUGUGUCCAACGUUCCCCACUUGGAGUUUCUAAACUUGAGUUCCAACCCUCUCAGUUUGUCCGUUCUAGAGAGAAGUUGCGCCGGGUCUUUCGCUGGUGUCCGCAAACUUGUGCUCAACAACAGCAAAGCUUCCUGGGAAACAGUCCACACCAUCCUGCAGGAAUUACCAGACUUGGAGGAGCUCUUCCUGUGCCUUAAUGACUAUGAAACAGUGUCUUGUUCUCCAGUUUGCUGCCAGUCUCUCAAAUUACUCCACAUAACUGACAAUAAUCUUCAAGACUGGACUGAAAUUCGAAAAUUGGGAAUUAUGUUUCCAUCACUGGACACCCUUAUUCUGGCCAACAACAACCUCACGACCAUCGAAGAGUCAGAAGAUUCCCUGGCAAGGCUGUUCCCCAACCUGCGAUCCAUCAAUUUGCACAAGUCAGGUCUGCAUUGCUGGGAAGACAUUGACAAGUUGAAUUCUUUUCCCAAGCUUGAGGAAGUGAAAUUGCUAGGAAUCCCUUUGCUGCAGUCCUACACCACUGAGGAACGCAGGAAGCUGCUAAUAGCCAGGUUGCCCUCCAUCAUCAAGCUCAACGGGAGCAUCGUUGCUGAUGGGGAACGAGAGGACUCGGAGCGGUUCUUCAUCCGGUACUACAUGGAAUUCCCAGAGGAGGAAGUCCCAUUCAGGUAUCACGAGCUGGUCACGAAGUAUGGGAAGCUGGAGCCCUUGGCAGUCGUGGAUCUUCGGCCGCAGAGCAGCGUGAAGGUGGAGGUUCACUUCCAGGAUAAGGUGGAAGAGAUGUCGAUCCGUCUCGAUCAGACUGUGGCAGAGCUGAAGAAGCACUUAAAAACUGUGGUGCAGUUGUCCACGAGCAACAUGCUGCUCUUCUACUUGGACCAGGAAGCUCCUUUUGGGCCUGAGGAGAUGAAAUACAGCUCACGAGCGCUGCACUCCUACGGCAUCCGGGAUGGAGACAAAAUUUAUGUGGAGCCCAGGAUGAAAUAACCUCUUCUGGCCUGGUGGGUGCACACCCGUGCACACCCACCCCCCCACACACACACCCACACACAUGCAUCAAGGAGUUUUUGGCAGAGGUUUUUCUUUCAGUUGGUUGGUCGAGGUUUGGUUGCGUUUUCUGUAGCAGGUAAUUUCUUAGCCCAGAGGAAGUGCCCUGAUCUGAGAACCAUGCCCACCAUCCACUGCAGGUGACCUUGAGGUGACCAUGGACUUCAGUGCGUGUGUUUCAGUGUGUGCAAUACCUUGAUGGGUUCUCCAAUGCUCCGGGAUACUCGUGAUUUGGC